AUGGACCGCAAGGUUCGGGUUACACUCGGCUACAUCUCCGAAUUACGACAGAGAGCUGCUCAGACAGUGGCAACAGGCGGGCAACACGGCGAUGACUCUACCUUGGCUGCCGUAUACGAUGAUGAAUCCGCAGAUCGCGAAGAAACACCCGGAAGUGAUGUGUCAGAUAUCCCUCAUGAGACCCGGAACCCGGGAGACCAAGAUCCAGCAAACCCUGAGCCUGGGCUUUUCAACCCUUUAGCCAAUGGCUCUCCCGCUUUUAUGUCUUCUAGUGAUGGGCGAAUAUUUUACCUCGGAACUUCUUCGAACUGGUCAUUCACCCGACGUGUACUGAGUAUGGCACAUCAGCAUGUGUACCAGCAGACCCUGCCAACUGACAGAUUGAUAUUCGAGGGAUCUGCUUACGAUUUGAGCCCAACAGAACCAGGACUAGGCUCUAGUACCAAGGAUCCCACGAUCCCAAGUAUAGACCAUGCCUUAUACCUCACAAAUACUGUCAACUUCCGUUGUGGGCAAAUAUACCAUCUCUUCGAAGAGUACGACUUUCUCAAAUCCCUCCAUGAGUUCUACGCCACGGACGAAAUUUCAAGAUCAGGUUUGUGGUAUAUUCACUUUCUUCUGAUUCUGGCGUUUGGGAGAACUUUUACUCAAGCCAAAACCCACGAUGACACUCCGGCCGGGCUGGAAUAUUUCGCUAAAGCUAUGCAAUUACUGCCUGAUCACAAUCAGCUCUAUCUUUCACCAAUGAUAUCGACGGAAAUCCUGUGCUGUAUAGCCAUAUUUUAUCAAUCUCUGGACUGUCGGAGCGCAGCGCACAACUAUAUUGGCCAAGCAAUGCGAUUGGCCAUGAGUCACGGAAUGCAUACCUCAAUGCCAGUCUCGGAGUUAGGACUACACGUCGUUGAGAGAUGCCGCAAAAUAUGGUGGACGAUCGAUAUUCUCAACCGACAGAUGACUUGCGUCCAAGGUUUGCCGCAAUCAAUUGACGACAAUUUUGUGCAAACUAGCCUACCCUCUUUUGCGGAAUCUCCGCUGCGAGCCUUGACGUUAGACAUGCACAUUAAACUGAGCCGCAGUGUUUCUGAGAUCAAUAAAACGGUCUAUGCCAUCGAUGGACGAAUAAACCGAAAAUUUCUGUUGAGUACCAAAGAGGCAUUGACAAACCUGGCUGGUACUGCAGACGAACUCCAGAGCAAAUUCCCACUGUAUCUAGAUGAUACAGCUAGUGGCGUUCCUCGAGUUUCGGCUUACUUACAUUUAUUCUACCAGCAGUGCGUAAUAGUUGCCACUAGGCCGCUUCUCUUUUGCUUUCUCAAGGUUCGAUUUGAAUCACCAGAGACAUGUGCAGAAUUUCUCGGCGAGUCACAGACUGUUCGCAAUCUCAUCCAAAUGUGCUUGGAGUCCGCACAACAUACUAUUCGGAUCCUGAUGAGUUUGAAGUCUCAGGGCUUGCUUGAGACUUUCCUCGCUUUCGACUUAGAGUCAAUCUACACUUCCACGGUCGUGCUUCUCAUCGGACCAGCAAUCGAUCACCAAUUAAUGAACGGUCGCUCGUGGUGGCCUGCGAGAGCCUACGAGAUCUUCCGAGAGAUGGUCGAUGCAGGAAACCGGGUGGCUAGACUGCGAUGGUCUGAGCUUCAGCAACUAGAUCUGACUCUUCGCGAGAUUCCCUCCGUCGAAGCCCAGCCUCCAGGGCGAACUGCCGCAUCCCCUGAUGGGACACUUCUUCAAUUGCCAUCGCCAGACACAAGCCUUACCGCCAGGUCUAUGGACCAAGGGUAUCCCAACGAAACCCCGUCCGAACCAAAUAAUGCGAUUGAUACAGAAUUGAGCUUCGGGGCUAGCUCUGUAUGGACUUCAGCUGAGAUGACUGCUAUGGCAGAUUCUAUAGAUUUCUAUGACGCAGAGUGGGUUUCCAAUGCUAUGGCAGCUCAUGGUAUAUGGUAG